AUGAGAAAGUACAGAAUUGGAUCACCGAAUUUGGCGAAACAGGCGAAUCGAAAUCCAAGCUCAUCCAAACGGAUAGCCGCGGCUCGGCCAACGAUUGUUGUCAUAAGGUACACCAACGCGGCAAGCGUCGCGCCAGGGUAUAAAACAGGAUUCCCAACGCUCAAAACCCAGCGGAAUAAAGUGCAUAGUGCAGCCAAGCCGAAAGGUAACAAGCCGCCAUUCGAUUGGUCAAUUUCUUGCUUCCCCACUGCAGUCAGACGCUAA